GCCUCAGUAUAAAACCUCUGCUGUACAGCCCUCACACUCCUGCACACUUUCUGCUCCUCUCCCGGACCCGUCCCAGCUCUGCACGCCUGAACACAUUCCAGCAGCCAUGCCUUCAGAUCUGGAGACCUGCAUGGAAACCCUCAUCAAGGUGUUCCACCGUUACGCCUCCAAAGAGGGUCACAGUGCCACCCUCAACCGCCGAGAGCUCCGACUGCUGAUGGAGAACGAGCUGGCCAACUUCCUCAAGUCCCAGAAGGACCCGGCUGCUGUAGACAAGAUCAUGAAGGACCUGGACGCCAACUGCGACGGCCAGGUGGACUUUGAGGAGUUUGUUUCUCUGGUUGUUGGACUGUCCAUUGCCUGUGAGCAAUGCUAUCAGAUGCACUUGAAGAAAACUGGAGCAACAAAGUAAAGAGAAUAGCCCAAGAAAUGUCCCGCUUUUGUAAAAAAAAUAAUAAUUUUUGAUUAAAUAUGGUGAACAAAUUCAAA